UGCGCUCGUCGGCAAUAGCGAGCAACUCCUCUCGCCCCGCCGUCGUCACCGCUCACCGCCAGCUGCGCGCGACUUGUAUUUGAGUGUCUUGAGCAACGCCCGGGCCGACCCCGGCCACCUGUGUUGACCCCCGACCCGACACCUGAGCCGUCUCGUCAACACUCGUCCCGUCCGUGGCAUUCGCCGUCGCUCUCCUCCUUCGUCUUCGCCCACACAGACGCCUUCGACGCAGCCGUGCUCUCCCACUCCUUCCUUCUGCCGUACAUUGUCCUAACUUAAUAUUUUAUCUCUCCUUUUCAUGUCCGAUUAGUUCUCAUCCUCCCUCCGCCACCCCGCACCUGUCACGUAUCCUCUCCCAGUCUUAGGGCAAUGCUCGCCGAUCCAGUAGUAUCAUGUACGCAUCCUCAACCCAUGUCCAGCAGCAGUACAAUCCACAUAUUCCAAACGGCCAUACCCACACCCACCACACCCACCUACAACCAAAUGGGAAUCACCAUCCCCAUCCGACACCCAACCAUCGGCCCUCCGCCGCUGCGGCGCCGAAGGAGCCCAUCCGUGUCCAAGCAAUCCCCUCUAUUGUCGUCGAUGGCAGUCGACUCAUCCAUGGCGACGCCCAGAGUAGCUCCGAACGUUCCUACACACCGAUUAAGGUUGUGGGAGAUGGCUCCUUUGGCACCGUCUGGCUCGUUGAUUGGCACUCGACGCUCCCGCCGAAUACACCUCUAUCCCCCAUGCAAUGUGGCGCCGGUGCGAGACCGGAGUGGGCUGGGAAACGUUUGGUCGCAUUGAAGCGUAUGAAGAAAAGAUGGGAAGGGGGAUGGGACGAGUGCAGAAAACUGAAGGAACUUCAGUCAUUACGAGCCAUACCAUUUCACCCCAACAUUAUUCCACUGUACGAUUUCUUCCUGCUCCCGUCCACCAAGGAACUUUACUUCGUGUUUGAACCCAUGGAAGGCAACCUGUAUCAGCUGAUUAAGUCGAGGAAAGGACGUCCAUUGGCAGGCGGUCUCGUCUCCUGUAUCUUUCGGCAGGUCGUAUCGGGACUUCAUCACAUCCAUGCGAACGGCUACUUCCACCGGGACAUGAAGCCCGAAAACCUCUUGGUGACAACGACCGGUCUAUUCGAUUAUCGCAAUGUAUCGCCGUUAGCCGCACCUUCUGCCCCACCGGAAAAAGACGUUGUCGUCAUCGUGAAACUUGCCGAUUUUGGUCUGGCACGGGAAACAAAGAGUAAGCCGCCAUACACGGAGUACGUCUCCACGCGUUGGUAUCGUGCUCCAGAAGUGUUGUUGCGUAGUCGAGAUUAUUCGAACCCAGUUGACACUUGGGCACUUGGCACAAUCAUGGCAGAGCUUAUUAAUUUGAAGCCUCUUUUUCCUGGAGGAACGGAGAUCGACCAGGUUGCUCGGAUUUGCGAAAUCCUAGGAGAUCCGUCGGAUGAGUAUGGCGUAGAUGCACGUGGAGUUUCUAAUGGGGGCGGCAAAUGGCUGAGAGGGAUAAAGAUGGCACGCGCAGUAGGCUAUCAAUUCCCUAAGCUCAAGCCAGUGCCCAUGCAUUCCCUUUUUGACCGCAAUGUCCCACAUAGCUUAAUCCAGUGCAUUUCAGAUCUUCUCAAAUACGAUCCAGAUGCACGAUUGACUUGUCGACAAUGUCUGGAUCACUCAUACAUUAUGGAGACAAUGCCCGGUAACAUCCCACCCGGUCCGCAGGUGCCAAUUCAAAUCAGCGUUACCCCGUCACUCAAGCCAGCUUUGAGCAUGACCUCCUUGUCGCCUCGUACGGUGCCUCCGUCCCAUUCGAACUCUCCGUCCAACGCUAAACCGGCGUUCAAUGUCAACACGAACUCGCAUCGGAAACCAUUCUUCUCUCAGGCUACCGGACCAAUGUCACCGACUCCAGAUUUGUUGGAAGCCUUGCAAAUUCAGACCGACGAAUGCAUCACGUCUUAUAAUCCAGCACUACCGGGUUCUAUGUUUACAGGGGCGAAUCACAUACAAGGCACCUGGACAAACGGUACUGUGCAACUCCAGAAUGGGCAAGGAGAUGCAAUGGACGUCACACCCUCUUCGCCCCAACAUGUUCCACAGCAGGUACCCGAGCCUAUGGAGGUAUCGCCCUCUUCACAGGAGCUGCCCAAACACCUUCCCGGCACGGAGCAACCGCUGGCAGUGCCAUCUAUACAACAGUCACCGACCGGGUCGAAGCUAAAUCACCUGUUCAGGAGACCAGCGAGAUUAGGGAGGCUUAUGUUCGGAAACGGGGAGAAAGGACAGCAGCACGUGCUUCCUCCCGUGGACGAACUCAAUGUUGCAUCGUCUUCGUCUACGCCAUCGUUGAAGCGCACGCAAACGUCAAGCACAGACAGUCAUCCUGCAUCAGAGAUAUCCUCUAUUGGUGAACCAAUAGUUAUCGAACCACCACCUCCCAUGGACGCGAAGACACGUAAGAAGGAGGCUGAGCGUAUCGCAUUGGAAGCGGAGAAGGCUCGGCGUGCUUUGGCUGAGAAACGCAGUCGGGAACAAGCUAGGGCCGUCAUGCAAAAGCGUAGCCAGAUGAUUAAGCAGAAACACGGCUCCGACUUUGACUGGGACUCGGCUAACGCGACCCAAUUACUCGGUGUUCAGAAGCCAAAAUCCAAACAGCGCUCUGGCAUCGCACAGGCGUCAUCCUCGUCUGCGACUAUCAAUGCUGCUGGUGGGCGAUUCCGCGGUUCAAACGAGGCAACUAAUCCAAUGGAUUAUGAGAACCACCGUGAAGCCGAGCAUCGGACUAAAGCGAGGCGACGCGACCUUGAUGAUGAUCAUUCCAUGUCCUCGUCUGAUCUGCAAAGCAUCGGCAGGUUGUCUGUAAUGUCCUUUGCAACGGUUGAAAGUGACCCAAUCUCCACGAGGCUGCGGCAUCGACCAAGCCUCUUCGGCGUCACUCGCAUGCAAUCUGCUUCUUCCCUUCGAACGUCAUUUGGCGAUGAGUUGUCGAUAUCCGCUCACUCAUCCAAUUCGCCUUCGUUCGAGCAACAACUCGUAAGCGAUUUUGACUCAAGGGCUUCCAUGUCGUCAUAUGAUGCCGCACGGUCUUCAAUGUCCGAAGCAAGUUCGCCUUUGCCGAUGCACUCUCUGUCACUUUCUGGGCCGCAGCAGCAACAACAGUUGUUGAACCGACAGCCAUUUAUCACGUUGCCUAAUCCUCUCCCUCCGAUGCAGCAUCAAAGCUUUCGUGCACCCACCCCGAGUAGUCCUUAUGAAUAUGGGCAAUAUGGGCAGAUUCAGGCGCAGCCACCCAGCCCGGCAAUAGCGCCUCACUCUGCAAUAAACCCCAUGUUCAAAGUUCCACCAUUGCCUCCACGCACGGAAGACGGUAUCAACAUGCCGCACAGCCCAUUACCACCAUUCUCACAAUUGGAAUCGAUUGCUGAACCUCUACAACCUUUAGUAGUUCGGACUGAAGAUUCAUGACAACACUCGUUCGUUCUAUUUCUGUUCGCCUUCUGCAUUCCUGCGCAUAGUCACAGCUUUCUCUCGUUUUUAUCUUCGUUGUUUACCAUCUAAGUUUUUCUUCUAUUCUUUAAUCGCAUACUCGUUU